UCGAAGCGCACACCGGGUAUUUACGGUCCUCAGUCGCCGGGCCGGUAGGUUGUCGAGCUGGUGGCAGUCGCACGUGGUGGCUGUCGGCGAGGGUGCUGGGCGGAAGGGAAAUUGGACUGCGAGACGCGACGACGAGAUCAAGCUGGCGAGGGAGAGAAUUGGCAGUCUCGAAGGAUUCGCGAUGCCGAUUGACGCGUCGUUAUCCCGGACCACGAGCGUUUCACCCCUUGAGAGGGAUUCGCUGUAGCGCGCCACUUGAUCGCGAGACGUACGUCCCUGCACGACGUCGUUCUUGAAUAGUCUGGGAACUGUCGAAGAAAGUGAAGUGGGUCCUGGAAGAGGACCCGGGGAGUGCGAGGGGAGAAGCGUCGAGAGAGGACCGGGUGUGCAACGCCGGGAGCCUCCGCAGAGCCGGCCCAAGAAUGUCGUACGCAAACCGAUUCCCGUCCUCCCAGCACACCCGUUAUCGCAGUAGCUGGGGACCGACCUCGGUUUCUGUCUUCAAUCGCGCUGACGUGCCGCGACCCUCGCCGGAAGAGGAAGAGUUCGCCGAGUUCUAUCACGAGCGUCUGCACUCGGCGCAGAGUCGCCAGCUGAUUCCACUUCAGGAAGACUUGGCGGAUUGGAUCAACAAGACGAUAAAUGUGGAUUACAUAACGGGUGACAAUUUCUUCGAUGUGCUCGAUAAUGGAGUGAUUGUGUGUCGACUGGCAAGGGUCAUUCAGGAAAAGGCGAGAUCCGCGAUAGAGGCCGGACGGGCGAAAGGAACGGUGCCAGUGAUACGAGGUCGCUGUUGGGAGAAUGCUGCGCGCCGCAGCUUCUUUUCCCGCGACAACAUGGAGAACUUUAUACAAUUCUGUCGGCGACUGGGCGUCCACGAGAAUCUUCUCUUCGAAAGCGACGAUCUCGUCCUGCAUGGCCAGCCACGAAAUGUAGUGCUGUGUCUACUGGAAGUCGCGCGAUUGGCGGCCAGAUAUUCUCUGGAGCCGCCCGGACUGGUGCAACUCGAGAGGGAAAUCGCGGCGGAACAAGAAAGGGAUCUUCACUGUAUGUCUGACAGCGGUAUAUCUCACAGCAGUCUCUCUUGGCAAUUCCAAUCGCCGUCACCGACCGCGACUCCCAUACCGCCGUCGGAGAAGAUCAAACACAGCAGCUCGGCGUCCGAAGUUACGGCGACGGAUACGCGAUGGUUAGACCCGGUGAGUGGAGCUACGCACGAACCUGAAAUGCGAAGAUCCGUUAGCGACAACGGCCCGACUGGAAGUGACGGUGUGCCGAGCGAUACUACCGAGGAUGACUGGUCCCGCGGCAGCGCCGAGGAUCCAGACGAAGUGCCGUCGCCAUCGAGUUCGCCAUCGCCAUCGUCUGCCGAACCACCGGAGCACACUGGUCCGAUAACAGAACUCGAUCGCAAGGUGCGAAGAGCCACCGAGGCUGUACAGAGACUUUGCCAAUGCCCGUCGGAGAAGUGCUCGAAACUGAAGGUCCGCAAAGUCGGCGAAGGUCGUUAUCAUAUCGCUGGGCGUAACGUCUUCAUCAGACUUCUCAAGGGCCGGCACAUGAUGGUAAGAGUGGGCGGCGGGUGGGACACCCUGGAGCAUUUCUUGGCGCGGCACGACCCCUGUCAGGUGAGGGUCCUCAACCGCGAGGGCACGCCGCCUCUCGCUCGCGGCACCAAGCACGACAGCUUCCUGCACAUUCGCGCUAAGUAUCGCAGCGCGCCGUCGGAUACGAGCCUCUCACGUCGAUCGCUAGCCUAAAGAGCACACGUGCCUAAUCGUACGACCCUUGGGAUCUCCCCUCCCCUUCGCGUAAGCUGUUCGCACGCGUGAGGCACAUGCGAAUUGACAUCUCUAUACGGCGGCACCGCUAUCGUAUCUCGUCGCAUCCCACGGAAGCACUCGAUACACCAACCCGAUAAACACGUCGGUAGACGAUCCGUUAAAUGACGCGACGAAACGCGGCGGCUCGACUUACCGCAAGAACGAUAAUUUGCGUGAUUUCGCGCACGAUACAUUCCUUCCUUCCAACUACACUCAGUGAGUCGGCGAUUUUGAGGGGAGAAAAACGCGCCACGGGCCGCUUAAGAGCUUGCGGUCACUCAAGCACAUUCCGAUAUUCGUAUGUUAAUGCUAUUUGCGAGUUCUGUCCGGCGGCGAAAUCACUGACACGCACCGCCUACGCCAAUCUGCAACGAUGCCUCUUCCACGAUCGUACCUACUGUACACCUCGAAUUGUGUCAAGCGCAUACACUUGUCGAUCACGGUGUAGAGACGCACACGGAUCACUAUUUUUAUUACGUCGUAUCAAGGUGGUUGACGAGCAUGCAUGUCGAAGUAUAUCCUGACAGACGUGUAUGCGAUAAGCCGCUAUCUUUCAUGAGAAAGCGGCAACGAAUAGUCCAAGUUCCGUGUACAAGAUAUUAAGCUUCGUAUAACUGAGGAAUCUUUGGCUGUUCGACAACGUCAUUGACGAAUUUACAAUGUGCUUCCACCUUAGAUUUACCUCUUCAGGUGACUAACAUACUCAGCGUAUGUCCGGAAAUUUUUCGGCGCGUUUUAAAAAGUGUGCACUCGGUAGUGGUAGUGUUAAGAUCGCAAUGACCAAAUUUUAUUUUCAAAACUGUGUCCGUCACAAUAUAAUCAUUAUACUAAUAAUAAAAAAUAAAUUAUAAUAGUAAUUUCUUAAUGAAUGUCCAUUUAAACUCAAACGUACUGCGUUUGUAUGUGCAAUAAAAAAAAAUAAAAGUGCAAUUAAAAUCUCAGGUAGAAAAUCGUCCGUAUAAACAUGUCAUGCCUUAAAAAGAUCAAUUUAUCUUUUCUUAACAAAAUUAGUGCGUUUGCAAUAUUAAUAUAUUCGUUUUUUUUUUUUCAAAGAAUCAUUGCCAAUUUUACAAAGGUUUUAAAACUAGGUGCAAAUAUUGCUACUUUUUAUUAUUAUUAUAUAAUUUUCGGUAUUGCAUUGUUUUGGUCAUUGCUAUAUCCUACAAAUCAAUAUAUUCUUAUAGUGCACUGUCAUUUUACGACAAGCACAAUAGUAAAGCACUUAUAAUAAUUGUACGGGGUCGGCCUAAUUUUCUCUAUAUUAAAUUCAAUAUUUGAUUAUAUAGAACAACAUAUAUUAAACUCGAUAAGUAAAUUUUUUGCGUAAAUUUGCAUAAAUUUUAUUUCAUAUCGAUAUUCACGAGAACCGCAUAGUUAUCUAUUCUCAAAAAAUGAUAUAUUUGUGCUUUUUUCAAGAAUUCCCUAAAAAACAUUAUCAAUUUUUAGUUGCUGCAUUUUGAUUAUAUUUUUUUGCCAAUUUACGAUUUUAUCUUAGCCAGCCCUGAAAUUUAUCAGCACAUUUAAGCAUUCAAUUAAUAUUCUAAUUAAUAGCCUACACAAUUUGUAUCGUCUAACGUAUAAAGUGCUUCAUAAUAAUUGCCACGAUAUAUGUUUUGUACUUUUAUAUAAAUAUCUAAGAUAAGGGAUGUGGUCGACGUAUAUAUAUAUAUUUACGAGAUCAUUAAACCGUAUAAUUAUUCCGCUUACAGAAGUGCAAAGGCACAGUGUGCAAAGGAAUACCAAAGCAAAGAAACACGCGACGAGUAAUGUCGGCUCGUUGAAGUCAAUUAAGUUAUCGUCCGUGAUCCGUUUGCCGUUUAUGUGUCGGU